AAUCCAGCAGUGAGCGGUGGUUAGGAGGGUCCGCUGCAGCCUGAGCAGUACAAUUAACCCGGGAGGAGAGUGCAGAAUGAGCCGCUGUUUCCAACCGCAAAUGAAGACACCCUUGCGGAUAACAUGUCUUGCCGUGUGAUUAUCCUCCAAGUAUAAGAUUUCGCAUUCCUUUUGGGCCGAUUCAACGGCAUUGUCGCUCACCUGUUUUUUUCCCUACACCUCCUGGAGGCUGAAUGGAAGCCGAGGGAGCGGUCGGGGUGUCGGAGGCCAGGGACGGGAGUCCUCUAUCCGGGGCCACAGCAUCCGAUGAUGCUGAUACGGUCGUUGGGGUUAGCUAUGGAAUGGACGCCGCAGACAUGGAUGCUGCAGCGAGGAAAGCCUUCAUCACUGAGAUGCCAUCCUCCUCAGGUCUUCCAGGUCAAGGAAAGAAGAUUGGCCACAGAGGGGUGGAUGCAUCCGGAGAAACGACUUACAAGAAGACAACAUCCUCCGCCCUGAAGGGAGCCAUCCAGCUGGGCAUCGGCUACACAGUGGGCAACCUGAGCUCCAAGCCUGAGAGAGACGUGUUGAUGCAGGACUUCUACGUGGUGGAGAGCAUCUUUUUCCCCAGCGAAGGGAGCAACCUCACUCCAGCCCAUCACUUCCCAGACUUCCGCUUUAAAACAUAUGCUCCCGUGGCAUUCCGCUACUUCAGAGAGCUGUUUGGCAUCAGGCCAGAUGACUACCUGUACUCCCUAUGUAACGAGCCGCUCAUCGAGCUGUCCAACCCUGGCGCGAGCGGUUCUGUCUUCUAUCUCACAAAGGAUGACGAGUUCAUCAUCAAGACAGUUAUGCACAAGGAGGCGGAAUUCUUACAGAAGCUGCUGCCGGGCUACUACAUGAACUUGAAUCAGAACCCUCGCACUUUGCUGCCCAAGUUUUUUGGUCUCUACUGCGUCCAGUCUGGGGGCAAGAACAUCCGUGUGGUGGUGAUGAACAACGUCCUGCCCCGCGUUGUGCGCAUGCACCUCAAAUACGACCUGAAAGGUUCCACCUACAAGAGGCGAGCGUCCAAGAAGGAAAGAGAGAAGGCCAGGCCCACAUUUAAAGACCUUGACUUUAUGCAGGACUUGCAGGAUGGACUGAUGCUUGACCAGGACACAUACAAUGCGCUGGUCAAGACCCUGCAGAGAGACUGCCUGGUGCUGGAAAGCUUCAAGAUCAUGGACUACAGCCUAUUGCUGGGAGUUCACAACAUGGACCAGGCAGAGAGGGAGAGACAGAUGGAAGGCUCCCAAAGCGGCAGCGAUGAGAAAAGGCCCCUGGCCCAGCAGAAGGCAUUGUACUCGACCGCCAUGGAGUCCAUCCAGGGCGGGGCCGCCUGCGGAGGGUCUAUUGACACUGAAGACACGAUGGGCGGGAUCCCUGCUGUGAAUGGGAAAGGAGAAAGGCUUCUCCUCUACAUUGGCAUCAUUGACAUCUUACAGUCCUACAGAUUAAUCAAGAAACUGGAGCAUACAUGGAAGGCUUUGGUACAUGAUGGGGAUACGGUCUCAGUCCACCGGCCUGGUUUCUAUGCUGACAGGUUCUUUAAGUUCAUGAGCAGCACCGUUUUCAGGAAGAGCUCCUCUUUGAAAUCGUCUCCAUCUAAGAAGGGUCGUGUCUCUCUGACGGUUCCAAAGUGCGGUGGCCCUGGUGCGGCUUGGUCUGCCAGCCAGCUUCCAUCCGAGAGAGACGAGCACAUCUACGACCUGAGAGGCGCUCGCAGCUUCCCAACCCUGGAAGAUGAAGGGCGAACCGAUCUUCCAUGUACACCUCCGUCGUUCGAAGAGGCCACCACGGCAUCCAUUGCCACCACCCUCUCCUCCACCACCUCUCUGUCCAUCCCUGAAAGAUCUCCCUGCGACACAGUCGAGCACCCACGCUACAGGAGGCACACCCAGUCUCUCAGCCAUGAUGGAAGGACCCAGGAGGAGCUGCGUGUGCGUGAAGAGGACCAGCAGACCAUCACAGUGGAGGUGGAGUUAAAGAGACGCGAGAGUGAGCCCACCAUUUCCAUUCUGCAGGCUUCAUCUGAACCCAGUGAGGCUCAAGAGGAUGAGGUUGCUGUAGCACCUUGUGUCUCUUCUCCAGUCCUCGAGGCCUCGCCCGCUGCUGUUGCUCAUCCAUCCGAAGCAGCUGGGGACAUUCCAUUCAGUCCCAAACUGGAGGCAGCAGCGGCAGUGGUGGUAGUGGAACCAGACAGGUCCAGCCACAUGUCAGGCUCAGGGUGCACCAGUCAGGCUUCGGUGGAUGACGACGACGACGUGCCAGUCACCGACAUCUAUUUUUUUCCUGAUGGAAGGACUUGGGUGGUCUCCCCUCUCCGACAGAGGGGCAAAUGGCUGUCCAGCUGGCCACCUCCAGAGGACAGGACCUGGGUGUACUCUCCGCUACACUAUGGCUCAGAGUCUAAGGCCCUGCCAGAUGGGAAUUGGGAAAGAGAGACAUAAACCCUGCUCUGUGACUGAAAGGCGUGACGGUCUCAGCAGUGAAGAUCAUUCACCUGAAGUCCAAACCUCCUCAAUGGUAGCAGCGGAUUUCUUGUUGUCUCAAGAAGGGAUUUUAAACACAAACAAAGGGGAGAAGUGACUGGAGUACCAGAAAAGGGUAGGGGAGGAGGGGUGUGAGGAAAAACUUCAGUCCCUGCCAUUUUACAUAUGAUACUUGUGUUUACGUGUGACAUAGUACAAGUAAAGUUGUAUGUUAUAUGUUUGGCGUGACACACCACACUAACUUAUGUUGUCUUGCACAUGAACUCAACAUCUAACAAGCCCAUCUUGUUUGUCCCACGUGCAUCCAUGCGGCGGCCAUAUUGGAGUAGUCUGGAUUUCCAUAGUAACGUAAACAAGACACUUUAUUGCCAUUUUAUUUACUGUGUCACUGUGUUGUCAUGAUAUUUGCACACAGCAAGUCCCCAAACUUGGGGCAAGUACCCCUCCAAUGUGGCAGCCUCAUGCAUGCAUACAUUGCCAAGAGGAAUGGGGGAUUUAGGGACACCCCCCCCAUGCAGAGGUCAUGUGUUUGGCCAGUCAAGCUAACAUUUCCAAAACUUGAUGUUUAGGACAGACAUCCUAAAACGCACGUUGCUUUUAUUUAAGCUUUAUAUAAAAAUGUUUUUUGCAGUAUUUUUUAUUUGACAUGUAUUAAUAUAUAUAACUGUCAGCUUGUUUAUUUCUUUUAAAUGUUACCUUUUGAAUUUGUUUGAUCCAAAGAACCUUGAUUAUAUAAGUACAUCUGUGAGGGAAGAUUUUUCCAGAUCAGACGUUUCACUUUUGAAAAUUUCCUCAAAUAGUGGCCUCCACUAGAGAAAAGAUACCGUGUCUCAAUAAAUCAUGGGGUUGUGACAAAUAAGCACAUCUCCUGAAAUAGAUGCCCCCCUUUUGCCAUUUCAGGUAUAAAAAAGGAGUGGUAACUGCAAGUACCUCAGUUGAUAGACAUUAAAAAGUUGAUUGCUGAGCCCAUCUGAACGCUGCUGCACACCAAAACAGCCUCACCUACCGAGUAAUGUUAAUGGUAUCUCGGAUGAGUGUGACUGCAUGCUGUAGUUCUCUGCACAGUAUUAAAGAUGAUCCCAUCUUUUCCCAUGAUUAGUGUUCCAGUAGAUUGAAAGGUGCUCGCUCCACAAUGUUGUGUGCACUCAUAUUUAUUAGUGCGUUUUGGAUAUAUCAUUUAAUAGUCACAAAAUAAAUAAAAUAAAGACAGUCCUCCCAUCUGAAGUUGAGUAAAUAAACACUCCUGGCCACUAUUUGCAAAAAUAUACAAAUAUUGGUUAAUUGUAUUACAAAAAUGCAUUUUUCCAAAUAAAGGCGUCCUCCUCAACAAACGCCUUACCCCUAAUAGAGUCCUAGUAAUUGCUGAAGUUGAGUGAAUAAACACCACGGGCCACUAUUUGCACAAAAUAUUGUAACAUUGUUUACAAAUAUUUUGUUUAAAAAUGUUUCAUGCCUUUGUCGGGGGGAAAAAGGGCCCCUGCCCCAAACAAACGGCUUACUCCUAAUGGAUGCAUAGUCCUCUCUGUAGUUGAGUAAAUAAACCCCUCCGGCCACUAUAUGAGAAAAUACACUAAUGAACGUCGCUUUGUAGUCUUCCGGCCUUGCCUGCUUUUUUUGGUCAAUCACACUGGCAUCACCAUACUUUUACAUAUACAGUAGUACUUUAAUGGAAGGGAAGCUAAUCAAGAUGACUUUUUUUACUAUGUGGUCGCCCUAAACUCAGCCAGCUCCACCAGGUAGAUGUUUUCUAAUCUCUCUCUUUGUAGACAUAGCACAUCAGUGGUAGUAUUUGCAGUCCAAAAUCGUAUAUAUAUAUAUAUAUAUAUAUAUACCUGUUACCUGUAUAGUAUAUAUAUGAACAGGGAUGAGACACAGUAGUUUUGAAAAAGGAUUGAAUGUUGUUCUACUAACUGCUAUGAAUAAGACCUGAAGAUAGUGGCCAAAAUAAACAUGCAUCACAUGGAACAUUUGUGAGCUAAAUAGAUAAUAAUUAUACAUUUGUUUUCUGUUGGUGAACUCCACCAAAAUCUUUUUGCAUAUUUUAAGGCUCUUCAUCAAGGCUCUUUUUUUACAGUGGAACCUCCUAAGUCAAACAUUACAAAAGUAAUGGAGUUAUACCAAAAUUGUGUGUGAUGAUAACCAUAGAACCACAAAUGGAACUGGCUGCGACUUAUGAGUGGUGUAGAGAUUUAUACAUGCGUUACUACUAGUUGUUGAUAACAUCUUUUUUUGUCGAAAAAAUAGUCUGAAAGAGGCUUAAUAUCUUAUAUUCAAGGUUGUCUUAUAUUCGAGUCCAGCUAGAACAAGCCAACGGAAAUAACUUGUAGAUGAAAACAAAAUGGCUAUGCUAACAAACAUUUUCUUUUACUGGUUAUUGUCUUCAAAGGGUGCCAAGUGUUACUUUAUUUUCAUUUUAUUAUACAGCAGUUGAUGUCUUGACAGUUAGGAAUGUUCAAAUGUCACUUAAAGCUUUGUCCCCACAGUUCGUAAAGGUUUUAGAAUGACCACAGUUUGACCUUGGAACAGUUUAUUGACAUUUCCAUUGUUUAGAAAUGAGACCAACUUGUUGCAUGACUUUGGAGGUUCCAGUGUAUUUUCAUUUACUCUCAGAAAUGAUCAGUCAGUCUGAAGAGUAUGUUUCUGUGUAUGUUUUAUCUGUAACAGAGGCCAGUUUGUUCCACAUAUUGUGUAAUCAGUGCUAUCAUUACAUUGCGACCAUAGCAGCAAUAUAUAUAUUUUUUUAUUUCAUUUGAAUUGCCUUAUUAUGAAAGAAAUGUAAAUGUAAUACCAUUGUUUAUUUAUAUAUUCAUUUUUUUCCCACUUGUGCAGUCGUAUUUAUUUUUCUUUCUCAUAGUUGUGCUCCUGAGAACGUGUACAUAGAAAUUAUAAAUACAUAUAUAAAGAUAUAUUUUCCAUCAGAAUUGGAGAAUAUUAUUUUUGUUUGGUUUUAUUUUUGCUGCUCGACAAAGAGAUAAUUUACUGAGUCAUAUUCCUCAGUGCGUUUACUAAGAAGCAGCUGAUGUGUAUUUAUGGUGUGUGACCACAUCACAGCUGUUUCUUUGUAAAACAAACCAAAAAGAUUUGUGGGUUUUACUGUACAUGCAAAUCAGUAGGGAUUCUUCCAAAGUGUUCAAGCUGUGUUGUGUGUGUUUUGUGUGUGUGUUUUCAAAUCGCUGUGUGUUCCCUUCUUCCAAUCGGAAGAGUCCUUUACAGAGACAUAGCAUGGUUUCAACAUGAAUAAUGCAGAUCAGAAAUGUGUAUUUAUGUAUAUCUGUGUAUAUUCAUCUAUUUAUACAAGAGGAUAAAUAGAUGGCUGUAAGUGUGCGUGCGUGUGUGUGUGUGUGUGUCUGGACUCAAUCAGAAUGAAUAGAAAAUAAAGCAGUUCUAUGAAUUGUCCAAUGCACACCUUGUGA